CUCGACUUCCAAUUCCGCCUUCGUGUGACUGGGCUGGUGACUGCGCCAUCUUCUACCAACGUCGUCGUUGGUCGGUCGGUCGUCCAUUCAUUCAUCGCGUGUGGUGUCAAGCAAACGGUUGUGUCGCGUGUGGAACUCUCCCCUGAUAAAUUCUUUCUGUGCUACCAAAAUUGUGAUAUUUUAGUUUUUUUUAUUUGAGUUAAGUUUAUUUUUGUACCGAAUCCGGAAGCCAAUAGAAAGCGUUACAUUUUAAGUUUUACUUGAAUUCGGUCCGGUGUAUUUUGAGGAAACCCAGUUACUAAUAAUUUGUUGUAUGAGUCAGAAAGCCGAAAGACCAGUACUAUCAGGUCAACGCAUCAAGACCAGGAAAAGGGAUGAGAGAGAGAAAAAUGACCCCACGGGAUUCCGUGACGCGGUCAUUGCAGGUCUUGAAGCAGCUGAUGAUCUAGAGCAAAUUUCCAAGUUUCUUGAUAGUGCUGGCAAUAAGCUCGACUACCGUCGCUACGGAGAAGUAUUAUUCGAUAUUCUGAUUGCUGGAGGAUUACUUGUUCCCGGAGGUUCUAUCUCACAAGAUGGCGAGAAACCACGUACCGAUCGCUGUCUAUUCGCAGCACCGGAAGACAUGGAAUCGAUGCGGAACCAUGAGCAGAUUUUCACUCGGCUCAUGCGUCGAUACAAGUACCUCGAGAAAAUGUUUGAAGAGGAAAUGAAGAAGGUCCUGAUCUUCAUCAAGGGUUUUACUCCACUGGAAAGGAUCAAGCUUGCGCGUAUGACGGCUCUCUGGAUUGCCAACAAUUCCGUGCCGCCGCACGUGUUGCUCGUCCUGAACAACGAGCACCUGACCAAGGAUGGCCUGGCGCUCGAGUUUCUGCUGGAGGUGUUCGUCACCUUCAAGCAGGAAAAGGGUACGGCCCCGCUGGUAGCGACACUACGCAAGGGUGGCCUCGAUAACCGUCUGCUGGACUUCCUGCCCAUCAACAAGCGCAGCGAGGAGCACCUGAAGACCGUUUUCAUCGAGAAGGAUCUGGCGGAUAUCUUCAAGCUUCACAAGGCUCAGGCGAGCCAGGAGGCGAAGCGCGAGUUGACGCAGCUACUGAUCGAUGACAUCAAUGACAACAAGACAACAAAAGAUAUUAUUGCCGACGUCAAGGACAUGGCGACAAAAUCAAACAUUCCUGAACAUGAAGUUAUCGGUCUCAUCUGGGGCACCAUAAUGUCACUAGCCGAAUGGAACAAAAAGGAGGAACUGGUCGCCGAGCAAGCGAUGAAACAUCUGCGCAACUACACGCAGCUGUUCGGUGCCUUCUCCACCACACAGAAGGCGGAGAUGGCCCUGCUGCUCAAGGUGCAGGAGUUCUGCUACGAAAACAUGAACUUCAUGAAGGCGUUCCAGAAGAUCGUGCUGAUGUUCUACAAAACCGAGGUUGUUUCCGAGGAUUCCAUCCUCAAGUGGUACAAGGAGGGACACUCAAACAAGGGCAAGAUGCACUUCUUGGAUCAGAUGAAGCAAUUCAUCGAAUGGCUGCAAAAUGCCGAAGAAGAAACCGAAUCUGAAGAGGAAGAUUAAGUUAUGCCCUAGAAAUAAAAAAAAAAACUAAAAAUGACGUUUCAUCGUUGAACGACGAUGGGAGAGUAUAUCACAGACACUGGACAAACACCCAUACAUAAAACACACAUUAUAUUAGCAAAUGAAAUGCAACAUAUUUAUUCUAUACACCAAUAAUAGUUCUCACGUAAAACUAUACAGAGACAAAGAGGAGUUCAACACACACACCGAAGACCUCAAAUGGAACCCUCUCGCGAGAUUUUGAGACCCUCAUAUAGAUCAUCGAAACCAACACGCGCGAUUGUGCAAGUGAAAAAAAGGGACAGAAAGCAGAGAUUCUAGAUAGCGGAGUAAAACAUUCGAGAAGAUUAAGCAACAACAGGAAAGCCCUUAAGAAUUAGUUCAUCUCUAAAUUAAUAUAUAAAGAAAACAGGAAGCUAAACGGUAAACACAAAUUUAUACAAAACAAGAAACGUAAUAAAAAAACUGCUACAAAUCAACCAAA